AUGUCUUCUGGAAGCGAAUCGUCGCCGUCAGAGAGCUCCUACUUUAGCCGCAAGAAUGGAGUGGAGAACAUAUCCUUGACCCGGUUACCCAAUCUCGCCUCUCCCAGGUUAAUGACACCAACUUCGCAACUCGCAGAGACUGCUGUGGGAGUGAGGGAAGCUGCAAAAUGCAUAGGACGUGCCUUGGUGAAGUUGGAGCGCCCGCAAACUGUCAUGCUCGUGGCAAAAGCACUAGACGCAAAGAUUAUCAAAUUCACCCGGCAAUUAGCCUGCCAUCUUAUCGACACCCCCCGAACGUCUUGCGGACACAAGGGGUUAACUGUAUAUAUUGAUUCCAAAUUUCGCACUCAUCCUGCAUUCAGCUUUGACCGGCUACUGGCUUCUCAUCCCCACUAUGCCGAUCAGCUCAAGUUUUGGACGCCAGAACUGUGCGCAACGCAAACAGAUCACAUCGAUUUCAUCAUCACUCUUGGCGGAGACGGAACGGUAAUCUACACGUCGUGGCUCUUCCAGCACGCGCAAGUACCUCCAGUUGUUCCCUUCGAUCUGGGUUCGCUUGGAUUUUUGACCAACUUCAACAUCACAAACAUACGCGAUGUUCUGCAGCGAGUGAUUGGGUGCCGUGGUGCUGGAGUUAGGGUGAACUUGCGUAUGAGACUUAGCUGCACGGUUUGGAGGUCGGACUUUAAAAGCAAAAAUAAAGAGGUCUUAGAAGGUCGGACGGCUGAGAAAAAGAGACGGGAAGAUUUGUGUAGUAUCAAGGGCGACGAGGAAGAAGCAGAUGGCCGUUCAAAGAUAGGGAGACGAGCUUCGAGUCAGCAACCUGAUCCUGGCACUACACUGAAUGGGUUACCCGCCUAUUCUUCCGACGACCUAAUAUCUACCACUCCCGCACCACGACUGAACGAUGAACAUGCGACUUCCGAUAUUGGCGACUUAUUAGAUGAGAUCUCUUUGCAAUUGAUGUCAAAAGUUGAUCCAGACGAGCUCGACCCAGGACCUGGGACACCGAAACGGAUCCGAUCAAUGCAGUCACUGGGUACAACGCUCCCCAGUGCUGACAAUGCAAAACCUGUGCCAACAGAAACCUUCCAAAUAUUGAAUGACUUGGUAGUCGAUCGUGGACCGAGCGCAUAUAUGAGCCAAUUGGAGUUGUUUGUGGACGAUAGACAUUUGACUACUGUUCAGGCUGACGGUCUUGUUCUCUCUACACCAACGGGGUCAACAGCUUACUCGCUGUCAGCUGGAGGCUCCUUAGUACAUCCCGAAGUCCCUUCCGUCCUCGUUACCCCUAUCUGUCCACAUACACUUUCCUUCAGACCAAUGCUCCUUCCCGAUUCCACUGAUAUACGAAUUCAAGUCCCACGAGAUUCGCGGACGUCUGCGUGGGCUAGUUUCGAUGGUCGACACAGAAUAGAGUUGAAGAAGGGCGACUAUGUUACUGUGACCAUGUCGCGAUGGCCCAUGCCUACUGUUUGCGAGGUAGAUCAGGGUACAGAUUGGUCUGAAAGUUUGAGAAGAUGUUUGCAUUGGAACGAGCGCACACGCCAGAAACCGUUUGUUGGUGAACAAGACAAGAGGUUGGAGAAAGUUGGGGACUCGUUGACGCAACUAGACAGUGAGCUUUCAUCAAGCAGUGAAACGAGAACGUCGUUCAACGGCGACGUAUCUGAUGGUUCUUAUAGGUGUGAGGACAUAUGUGAACAAGAUGAACAGCGUGAAGAUGACGACCCCGGGUUAAGGAUGUGA